UGAACAAUCAAAUUGAUUGUGGUUUAAUUGACUGAAUGAAUUUUCUCUUUUCAGUGAACAUGAGAUGAUUUAGAUUCUUCCAGUGAAUUGAGGAUAAUUUUCUUGAUGCAAAGUGUUAAUUGUGUCCAUUUAAAUGACCAGAAUUUUGUUUGUUUGAAAAUUCAAACAACCAUUUGUUUACAUUUGUUCAUUCAUUUAAUUUAAUUGUUUUUAGAAUGGUCUUGAUUAAUUACCGAUGGUAUUAUGACUAUUUCUAAUUACUAUUGUUGCAGUUUUAUGAUUGUUAAUUACUUGGUGCAAAAUUUAUUUCUAAAGAAAAUCAACUUAUCAGCUGAUUGAUUUUACUAUUUGCUUGUCACUUUGUUUACAGUUCAAAGUAUUCAACUGAUAAUCUGUUUGAUUAUCAAUAGAUUUUAGUUAAUUACUUGUGUGAUUUUUGAUUUGCUAUUAAUCUUCUUUAUUUUGUUCUCUCUUUAAUUUCAUUUUUAAUCUGUGAUCAAUUAAGUAAACAUUUUCUCUGGUUUUCUUUGACCCUGAGACUUGAGAGUCACCAAGUGAGGAGAUUGAACAAGAAUCACUUUUGGAAACAAGAAAGUGAACCAAGAGGCGUUAAUCAAAUGGUUCAACUGUGACAAUCAAUUUAUUGUCUUGUCUCUUUUUUUUCAUUUCAUUCAUUUAAUCUCAUCCAUAAGCUACCCCUUAAGUACGCCCUUGAUUUAAUUGUUAAUUGUGUAUCCAUUUUGUGACCAGUGAAAAGUAAAGAGUUUCAAUUAGAGAAGAAGAAAAAAAUCAAAUCUCUUUGUUUUCCUUGUGACAACUAACACAUCAAAUGAUAUUCACCAUAUUCUUUCCGGUGUAACUUUUCCUGUUCGCAAUUAAUGACAAUCAGAUUAACAUCGUUCUUUCUGGUCACCAACAAUUAAUUUGCUCUCCAACAAAUUCUUAUCUGUGAUGGUCAAUCAAGGCCUCAAGUGAUAUCAAUCAUAUUCUCUGGUUGUUUUUUUCCUUCUUCUAUUUAGCCUUUUAAAAUUUUCUCUUUUGUUCUUUUCUCUUUUACAACAUUUCUUUUUCUCUUUGUGUUUCAAUUUCUCCAUCUUUUACUUUCAUUUUGUGAUAACAAUUAUAUUCUAAUAAUAUUUUAAAAUGGAUGAAAGUAGUGACCAAUAUCCCAUUCUGGAGAGAAAUUAUGUCUCUUUUUGGGAGAGAUUAUCCAAUCCAAAAUAUUCUUUACAUCGAUAUAUUGUUCUAUGUGUUUUAUGUCUCAUCAAUUUAGGAAACUAUUAUAUCUAUGAUAAUCCUGGAGCACUUUCAACUGAGAUUAUCAGAGAUUUGGGUGUCACCACUUCUCAAUAUACGACAUUAUAUUCACUCUACUCUUGGCCUAAUGUGAUCCUUGGUCUUUUCGGUGGUUAUCUAAUUGAUAAAGUCAUUGGUCUUAGAAUUGGAACUCUUGUUUUCUCCUCCAUUGUUUGCCUUGGGCAAUUAAUUUUCGCUCUAGGAGCUUUUCUUAAUGCUUUUCCUCUCAUGCAAGUGGGCCGAUUUGUUUUCGGUCUUGGAGGUGAAAAUCUUUCGGUUGCUGUUAACGCUUAUGCCGUUAGUUGGUACAAAGGAUCUGAGUUAAAUAUGGCCUUUGGCUUAAUGAUGUCAAUCUCUAGGUUGGGUAGUACUUUCAAUUUUAACACUAUGGUUCCAAUCUACAACUAUAUUCAAAAUUCAUAUUCUGGUUAUAAGUGCCUUGGAUUAGCUUUACUUGUUGCUAGUCUAUUUUGUUUCUUUUCUCUUAUCAUGGGCGUUCUUAUGGCCUAUUUUGAUCGUCGAGCUGAAAAAAUUCUCAAAAAAGAACCACCUAAAGCAGGAGAAGAAAUGAAAUUCCAAGAUAUCCUUCAUUUCGGUGUAGAUUUUUGGAUGGUCUCCGGAAUCUGUGUUCUCUAUUAUCUAACAAUUUUCCCCUUUAUUAGUCUUGGAACAAUAUUCUUUUUGAGGAAAUUUGGUGUUACUGAGGCAAAAGCCGAUCAAAUCAAUAGCUCUGUUUACACUAUUUCUGCCGUAAUCUCACCAAUUCUUGGAAUUAUCAUAGAUAAAGUUGGACGAAGCAUCUUUUUCGUUUUCCUUGGAACCUGCGUAACCCUUUUGGGUCACAGUUUAUUAGCUUUCACUUUCGUUAACCCCUGGGUCGGAAUUAUUUGCUUAGGAUUAGGUUACUCAACUAUUGCCUGCGCUCUUUGGCCAAUGAUUCCCGAUAUUGUUCCAGAAUUCAGACUAGGAACAGCUUAUGGUGUAGUCCAAUGUGUCCAGAAUCUUGGAUUAGCUUUAGCUAAUAUGGCCGCAGGUCAAAUUGUCGAUUCACUGGGUUUCCUUGCAUUAGAAAGCUUUUUCAUUAUUUCACUCGUUCUGUGUCUUAUCCUUAUCAUCUUCCUAUUCCUAUCCAAUUUUAACAAAGGUGGACUUCUCAACAUCUCUGCCAAAAAACGUAAACAAUUAGCUGAGGCUAAAAGAAUUGCCGAUGAAGAAAACCAAAGACAAGAUGAACUCAUGGUAUCUCCUGAUGAUGGCGAUGGGCCGAUUGCCGUUGAGAUUUCAGGUCACGAUGAGAGUACCCGACGACGAUACCAUUCCAAGAUUGGAACUCAGGAGACAAGUAGUUUGGAAGAGGCUCAAGCGAUUCGUGAUCAAAUCUCUGGUCCAUCCUAUUGAAACUUAAUCAUGUUUGUUUUAAUUUUGACCUCAACAAUUAACUAUUCACAACGUUGGAGAUCAAUCGACCAAAGGACCAAACAAUUGACUACAUUUAAAGUACAAUUUAACUGCUACUACUAUUUAUGUGUGUGUGUUGGUUAAUACAAAUUAUGAUCAUUAUUAUUACAAUUAACUAACUAUUGUAAUUGAUAUUUGCUUUCAAUCAUUAGCUAAAUAACUAAUCUUAUUUAAUUUGUUUUACAAAUUAAACUUGAGUUAAAUCAAAUGAAACGAAAUAAUCAAAUGAUUAUUGAUACAAUUAAAUCAAUUGUUGGUUAGAAAAUUAAAUAUCAAAAGAAAUGGUAAAAUUUUUACAAUUUAGAAACAAAAUUGAUUUAAUUUUAUUUAUUUUACAUAAUUAAUUUAAGCAGUAAAACAAAAUCAAUUAAUUG